CCUCCAACGAAGCCGCAACAACAUCCAUCACAAUUUCUUUCGACGUUUCACGAUCGACCAACACUAACAAAAUGGCUGGAACCAACGGUAAUGGCAAUGGCAAUGGUACCGCUCCUCGUGUAGGAACAGACCGUGUCAAACAGGGCCUUGCGCAGAUGCUCAAGGGAGGUGUGAUUAUGGACGUCAUGAAUGUGGAGCAGGCCAAGAUUGCCGAAGCCGCUGGUGCCGUCGCUGUUAUGGCUCUGGAGCGCAUUCCAGCCGACAUUCGCCGGGACGGUGGCGUCGCCCGUAUGUCAGAUCCGGCCUUGAUCAAGGAAAUCAAGAACGCGGUUACCAUCCCCGUCAUGGCCAAGGCACGUAUUGGACAUUUCGUGGAAGCCCAGAUUUUGGAAGCUUGCGAGAUUGAUUACAUCGACGAAUCCGAAGUUCUUACCAUGGCCGAUGAUGUCCACCAUUUGGACAAGACACAGUACAGUGUACCCUUUGUCUGCGGUUGCCGCAACCUUGGUGAAGCCCUCCGUCGUAUUGCCGAGGGAGCUUCCAUGCUCCGUACCAAGGGUGAAGCCGGUACCGGUAAUAUUGUGGAAGCCGUCCGUCACGCCCGCACCGUGCAGUCCGAGAUCAAGCGUCUCGCUUCCAUGAGCAAGGACGAACUCUUCGUGGCCGCCAAAGAGUUGCGUGCCCCUUACGAGCUCGUCAAAGAAGUUGCCGAGCUUGGCAAGCUUCCUGUCGUCAACUUUGCCGCCGGUGGUGUCGCCACCCCAGCCGAUGCUGCCCUCAUGAUGCAACUCGGUUUGGACGGUGUCUUUGUCGGUUCGGGUAUUUUCAAGUCCCACAACCCUGAAGAGCGUGCACGUGCCAUCGUACAGGCCGUUACGCACUACAAAGACCCCAAGGUAUUGAUGGAAGUUUCUACCGGAUUGGGACCGGCCAUGGUGGGUAUCGCCGAUAUCAAGGGUGACAAGGUCAACUUCCGGGAUCGUGAAGGAGGUGAAUUCGCCUACGAGGGCAAGGUGCCACCCAAGAAGGAUUUACACGGAUACACCGAGACCCAAAUGUAUGGAUCGUCCUGGAAUAACUAAAAACAAAAGUAGUCUGAGCGGCUUUGCCUAACGCAACGAACUCGCUUGGAGUUAUGGCCCUCUGUGAUCUUCGUCGCACAUUUUAAUAUUGAUUCGUAAUUUCUGCUAAGCAAGCAAGCAAGAAUGUAGUAGCACACGGUUGUAUUCC